CUUUGCAUGUUUUUAUAGCAAAUCUUUUCGAAGGCUACCGGGGUUAGUGCUGUUAGAAGAUGCCAGCAGGUCAGGAACAGAAGUGGCAAAGAGAUGCAGCUGAUCAGAAUUUUGAUUAUAUGUUUAAAAUUUUAAUAAUUGGGAAUAGUAGUGUUGGAAAGACCUCAUUUCUAUUUAGAUAUGCCGAUGAUUCUUUUACAUCAGCUUUUGUCAGCACUGUUGGUAUUGACUUCAAAGUGAAAACAGUUUUUAGACAAGACAAGAGAGUUAAACUUCAAAUAUGGGACACAGCAGGGCAAGAACGUUAUCGAACCAUAACAACAGCUUAUUAUCGAGGAGCUAUGGGCUUUAUACUCAUGUAUGAUGUCACCAAUGAGGAGUCCUAUAACAGUGUACAGGAUUGGGUAACUCAAAUUAAGACCUAUUCCUGGGACAAUGCACAGGUGAUUCUAGUAGGAAAUAAAUGUGACAUGGAAGAUGAGCGUGUAGUUUCAACAGAACGAGGAAAGCAGCUUGCUGAUCAACUUGGUCUUGAGUUCUUCGAAACCUCAGCUAAGGAAAACAUCAAUGUUAAAGUUGUAUUUGAGCAUCUGGUAGACAUAAUUUGUGAGAAGAUGUCUGAAAGUUUGGACUCUGACCCAAAUCUUGUCAGUGCUUCCAAAGGCACUAGGCUGACAGAAAAUCCCACUCCUGCAAAUGGUGGCUGCCAGUGCUAAGUCUUGGUUAGACCCUAUUGUUUGCCGUAUAUUCUCUGGAGCUUUGUCUGCAUCAUCAGUUUCUUAAUCAGUAUAAGAGAAUUCUCAAUACUUCAAUGAAAAUUAACAUAAAGGUUGUUGUUGUUUUUAUUUUUAUUGGGAGAGUAGAAUUGGUUAAUUAAUAUUUUAUAAAUGUGUUGAUGUCAAAAAUGGGUCUUGAGUUGUUAUAAGAUUAUUUACUGAUGAAAAAAAUCACUUGUCAAAUUUCCCACUGGCAAUGUUUUGGGAAACGUUUAUGAUCAUGAACCCUAUCAAUGAUUGAAGAGUUUUUUUACAUGUACCUUGUUGCUUUACCAUAUAUUUUGAUUUAAUUACACAUGACAUUUCUCUAACUUAUUUAGAGCUUUAAACAGGUUCAGUAUUGUUAAUUUUUGCUCUAAUAUAAGCUUUAUUGGAAUACAAGGAAAGUUUUAAACCAUUACAAUAGAGCUGGUUUCUGAUAGAAAAUUGGGAUAUAAAAGUUGAAAAAUAAGUAAAAAGAAUUAUAUUGUUCUUUGAAAUAAUGUUCAACUUCAUAUUGACAUAGUAUGAUGUUUACCUUUAAGUAGUUUUCUACGUAAAUGACACUUAAAUGGGUAUGUAUUAUCUUUAGUUAUUUCUCUUGCAAGUGAAAUCCUUAAUAGUAAGAAUGUGAACUUGUGUAGUCUGUUAAAUGUUUUAUUGUAUACCUUAAUAGCUUAUUUUUUUAGUAAAUUCCUUUUGAGGUUAGUAUCAUUGUUAAUGCAACCAUUAUAUCUUUUGUAAGGUUAGUUUUUAUGCUUAAAUCAGUAAUUUUAACUUUAAUAAGCAUUUUGAAAAUAUUGUGUAGCUCUCAAGCCAAGUUUCAGUGACUGAGUUAUUUUACAAAAGUUUUUUUCUUUUUAAGAUUUUUCAGGUUAAACUUUUUCUACAGUAAUCAGGGUAAAUAUGGAGUAAAGAAUGCUUAUUUUUUAUCAUGGGUAAAAACAACAACAUAGUUAUGUAAGAGAGAUUUAUAUAUUAUUGACUAUCCCAGAGUAAUAAGUUUGUAGGUUAUCAAUUUCUGGAUCAAAUGUACAUCAUUCCAUAUAUAAUCAGUAUUGAUAGACUUACCUACAUGUAGCAGUUACCAGCACAUCAAGAUUGUGCCUGGUUUACAGUUUUUGUAAAAUCAAAACCUUCAUACACAGAAUUGUAGGCAAAUUUUUGCUUGAAAUGAAUAUUUUUAGAAGAUAUAAAUGUUUGUACUUGACAAAAUAUUUUCAACAUUCCAACAUCAAAAAACAACACAAAUGCCAAUUAGAACUCUUAAUUCAUGUUUAUGUUUGGUAAGUUUGCAUUUUUGUUAUUAGAACCAUUUUAUAAACUUAACUGUGUGUAUGUGUGUAUUUUUGUUUUUUUAAUAUAUUAACAUUUGAUGAAAUAGUUCAGGCUUUUUAAUUUUUAGGUUUGUGCUUUACUAAGCAUUGCCAGCUACGGUUUUAAUAGAUUUUAUUUCUAGUCAGUAUGUAUCCGAUGAGACAUCUAAGUUAGAAAACAAACCAUGUUUAUCGAAAGGGUUAUGCUGCAUCCACCUUCAGCAUGUGACAGAUUUAAAGAGUUUACUCUGAAGUUUGGCAAACUGUGUUUGUACAGUGGCUUUGUGAUAGUAAGAAGAAUGUAAGAUCAAUAAACAACCCUGAUUAAACUAAGGAUUUUGACAGUGUGUACAUAAGUUGAAGUAUUUCCAGUUUGUACAAUUACUAAUAUCGUUAACAAGUGUAAGGAAAUGUGAGGGUAUUACCUACUUUUUCAUUGUAACUUUUUGCUUUAAUGUAUUUCUCUGCAGUAUAGGUAUCAGGUAAAAAUCUGUAUUUACACAAGUAAACUUGUUUAAAUUGUAAUGUGUUUAAUAGUUUUUCUCUAUUGAAAAUUUGGUUUUUUAAUAUUACAUUACUGAUUUUCUUGUGAGGAUAAUUUAAAAUUUAUUUAAGUAUUCUGAUCUCUGUGUAUUUUAUAUUAUUGAAAAUUAUAUACUUUUGUUAUUUUGUUUCUUUAAAUGACCUUGAAGAAAAUCUUGUCUAUUCCUGUUGCUUCUUUUUAUUUGUUUCUGUUGAUAGUUUUUUUUACUCAUGAAUUUAGUUUCACAUUAUGCUGUGAAACAACCAUUAGCAAAACUUUACUAAGAUACACGUUAUACAUCUAAACUGGAACCAACUUACUGUUUUAUGGUGGUUAGUUUGUGAAAUUAUUUUUUUAACCUAUUUUAUAUAUAACUGAUAUUCCUCUAUCGCUAUUCUCACAAAAUCUUGUGGAAUAUUUGUGAGGUGACACCAUUUGUCUUAAUAUACUGAAGAUGUUAAAGAAAUAUGUAAUUGAUUACAAUCAUGAACAGAUAUUGACCAUUUGAAAGAAAGGUGAAAUUUGUACUUUCUAAAGUGAAAACUUUCAGAUUGCAAAAAGUAAUCAAUCCUACAGUUAAGAUGAAUUUUUUUUUGCCACGUUAAAAGUGAAAAUUCCUUUUAGUAUUUUAAUUAAUUAACUUAAAUUCAUCAAAAUCUUUUAAGAAAUACUUUAGAGGUAAAAUAGAAGCACCCAGUUGUAGUGUAAUGAGGUCUAUGAAUGGAAAGUAUUUUUUAAAUUUUGAAGGAAAAAAAUGUUAUUUUUCUGUUGCUUCCAGUUGUAUUUUCUGUUUAAAAUGUUAAUGUAGGAUUUUUGUAUUGUUAUUUCUGAAAUUGAUGCACAUGUGUUUAUAAAUUACUUUUAUUUUAAUGAUGGAAUUACUUCAAUUUCUCUGAGUAAUUUUCUAGAUUUUACUAAACGUUAACAUUCUGUGUUUCCAUAAAAAAAAAAACGAACUAAAAUUUUACCACGGCAGCUUUUAUUGGUAGUGGAUUUAAAACUGGUUCGAAAACUUGGUUUCUUGUGAAGUCUAAUGUAUGGAGUUGUUUUUGAAAGUAAAGAAAUAGAGUUAAAAGUGAGAAAAAAAUGGUUUGAUGUUUUUUAACCAAAAAGUUUUAAAUUCCUGAAACAACUAAUUCCUAGGUAUGGGAGUUUUGUAUAUUUUAAUGGUAAAACAAGUGGUACGUUAUAUACAUUUUAAACUGUAAUCUUAAAUCAUUAUUGCUGACAAUUUAAAUGAUGGUAUAAUUUGUAGAAGGUGUGAUUUACCUUUCAACAUUUCUUUGAAAAGGUAUUUCAGUAUUUGUUAAAAUAUACAGUAAGAUAAUUAUACUAAAAUAAUCUUGUUUUUUGUUUUCUCUUUCUUUCAGCAGCUGUAAUUUUUCUUAUGUCAUCAGUAAUGCUCUGUUUCUUUUUUUUUAAACUCUGAAAUAUAUUCAUACAUUCAGUGGUUGACUUGGAAGUAUUUAGCAAUUUAAAAAAUACAUUUGUUCAAAUGGAAUUUUGGAAGGCUUUUUUUUUUCUUUUACUUACAAGGUUGACUAAAAUAUACAUUCAGUAUGAGUAAGCAUAGUUAGUGCAAAAUUGGACAGUACAAAAAAUUGUGUAUUUUAAACUCAAAUAUUUAUAUUUUAACCAUUAGCUUUUUUUUUUUUAAAGGCUGAAUAGUUUUAUCUAUUCACGCUUCUAUCUAGUCAUAGGUUUCAGCAUUUAGUUAAGCUGUUGUACUGUUGUCAAAGUAUAUUCUAGUCAUUUUAAAUUAGUUAUUACUAAGUGUUGGGAAUGUGAAUGUUUUAUUGUAUUGAAACAAUGUUGGCUCAGUGUUUCUCCUAUUCAGUGGACACCUGAUAUACUUUAUUAAUGAAAGCACCAUUACAUGUAUUAGUGAUGUUUGUACAACUAAAUGAAGGUUGUACUGCAGUCAUUGUAAUUAUCUUUAUGAUGUACUGCCACAGUUCUAGUUAUUAGGAAAGAUGGAAAUUAGUAUGUACUUGUAUAAUAGAAAUAACGUUCAAUGUAAUUGUGUUUUGCGAUUAAAAGUAGCAAACGUAAAAUAA